AUGGGAGGGCCCGGUCCCUUGACCUUGGCUCUGAUCACCCAGGUCGGUGAGGCUCUGGAGAGGGCCGCCGCGGACAAGCGACUGGGCCGAUUCCUUGCCCAGAGAUUGUCGCUCGAUGUCCAACGCGGAAACGCCGCGUCGAUCUUCGUAUGGUACGUAUGGCACGAUAUCGCUCAACACCGAAUUGAGCCCGGGAGCUCUGGACGUUUCAGCCCCAACCGUCCCCACACGUCAACUCAAACCGACGACCGGCCACGAAAAACUUGCGCAUGCGGAGCUCUUACGCAAUUGCUGCGGGCGUACAUCGAGUUGAACCGAACAACCGUGAAGCAAACUCUGAUAUCGUAUCUGAAGAAAGAGCUCUGCCGUGGCAUUAAUCAUGCUUUCAACGGCUAUGCCGAUUUACGUUUGAUACAUUUCCCCAUGGGCUCCGAAGUUCCGAAUAUACUGUCCAUGAGAAGGGUUCCCGACGAAGAGCUUUGUGUCGCGAUAGAAGCCGAGUACUCCGGCUCUGUCCGUCUCUGGGUCCGAUUGAGCCUACCGAUUGUCGAGAGGAAUUUCAACGUGGAGACAAAAGUGACGUUCGAGGUUAUCGUUGAGAAAUUUACCGCGAACGUGUUGCUGACGCUAUCCACGAAUCCCUAUCCGCACUUGCGCGUAAGUUUGACAAAUAUGCCUCGCUGGUUCAUCCGAAAGAAAAUUUCCACGCCGAAUAACCGCGAGUGGUCGAUGCUACAGAAGCAGGAAGCCGUAUAUCAAGAGAGGUUGUAUCUCGAACUGACUUUCGAAAGUUUGGCUCGACCCGUGCAGGAGGGGAAGAUGUAUCUCAUCGCUACAGUCGAGCCGACUCCUUGGAUACACAUGGACCUCGUAAAUUUGACCCCGACCGCGUAUUUCGAUCUCGAGAUCAAGAGGAAAACCUCCUUCUAUCCCGGUCUGAUUCUCACCGAGCAGAAGCGGAUUGAGUUAUCCAAAGAAAUUUCUCGCUCCGAAAUCAUCGUGAGUUCAAUUCUUCCCGAUAGCGCGGCCAAGGACGCGCUCUUCCUCGAGGGAGAUGUCAUCCUCGCCAGGGAGAAUGUCGAAGUGAGCAGUGCUCAACAAGCGGUCGAAUUGUUGGACGCCGCGAGAGAGAAAGCGUUCGUCCGGGGCACUCCGAGUGAGAUCAUAAAGAACGCCAUCGCGAACGGCUGCCAAUUCAUGCGAACGAAGCAGUUCGAGCCUCCAGCUGGUAUCCGACGGACAAUAAGAAUACCAUCAUCGAAGAAGAACAUGUACAUAAGUUUUGGCAUCUGGUCAGGAGGCGACGAUCUUUUGGGCUACGGGUCGAUGCUGCUGAACUCGUGCGUGGGGCACUGUCAAGAGACGUCCGGCCCGAUGCUCCUGCGUUUGCCUCUGGGACAUCCAGACGACAUGAGAGCUUGUGAAUUACCGCGUCGUUCUCAUCCGUUCCGAAUAGUCUCUAGUGCCAUCGCUGCGGCCGUCACUGCGACCCUCAAGGCUACCUUCAGCAAGCCUGUCUCUGUUGGCACACCCCCCGCAUCGCACCAAGCACCAAUGAGUCCCGGAAUGCCCCCUCAUAUUGCCGAAGAUAACCAUCCCGCCGUUAAGUGCCCGCUCUGCCCAUUUGUGGCCUCCAAUCCGCGAGGCCCCAAGAUCCACAUCACGGUCAUGCACAAAGACGGGGCCGGGCCAUCCGUCCCAAAGGGUAUCGGUCCAUAUUGUUUCCGUAUACCUGGCCAAAUAUAUCAUAAUAUCGGGCCUCUCCAUCCAGGAGACGAGGCUCCAAGGCUUUACGGUCAGCUUUACAUACUAGAUACUGCGGAAGCUGCAGCUCAGAGACUCCGGCAACCUCAAAACUCCAAAUGUGAUCUCUCUCUAACGCAGCACUUGAGUCGGUUGAUUGCUGAGACGAGUCCGUACGCGCGUUCUUUCAAGAUGAUGGCUGAAUUAGAACAGGCGGAGAUAGUUGCGGCGGAAAGAGAGCAUCGACCCAGGGCUAAGCUCACGAUGGUGUUCAAUGAUAAGAAACCUCAAGGCCUACAAGGUCGAAUUGUAUGAUCUACCCAGACGAAUGAGGUCGCCGUCAUCUACGUCGGUGAAGACGGUGAUGUGCCUGCGACCCGAGCUCUCGCCGUCCAUGAGCGAAGUGGGACCUUGACCAACAUAUCUUAUUUAGACCCAAGAGGCGACCCCCUAACUUAUCCUCUUCUGUUUCCGAGAGGGGAGUAUGGUUGGCAUCCUAACUUGGCAGACGGUCGAGGGAAGAGGAUUUCUCAAAAGCAGUAUUACUCCAAUCUCCUGGCCAUCAGGAACUGCUUCAACCCCAUUCUCCACGCCGGCAAGCUGUUCCAGCAGUUCGCGGUGGACUCAUUUGUAAAGAUCGAGCAAAACAGAUUGAAUUACCAUCGUCAGAAUCAACAGAAAUUGCGUGCCGAUUCUUAUUCCGCGCUGCGUGAUCGCCUUCGAGGGGAAGACGAUAUUCCCGGACCUGCAGGACGCAGAAUCAUAUUGCCCUCAACCUUCAUUGGCUCUCCGCGGAACAUGCAUCAAAACUACCAAGAUUCCAUGGCCAUCGUAUCACACUUCGGGAAACCCGAUUUGUUCAUAACCAUCACAUGUAACUCCGCGAUGGAAAGAGAUCCAAGAAAAUCUGUACCCGGGUCAGACCGCCAGCGAUAG